GCGACCACCUGCGCUGAGCAGUCUGAGAUGAGCACUCUCCACAUUCAGCAGAUCGCUCAUUAAAAUGGUCCCAUUGAUGGCACGCUCGCUGAAUGACUGGCUAUGGCAGCAUGAGUUCUGGCUGCCUCCGGGAAUCACCUGGGAGGACAUGGAAGAGUCUGAAGAUGUCCAUUACCCUCAGCCUCAUGAUCUCCUGCUCAGUAUCCCUUUUGCUUUAAUUUUGGUUGUCAUUCGAUGUGCCUUUGAAAGAGCCAUAGCCCUGCCCCUCAGUAGCAAACUGGGUGUGAAAGACAAGCACAGACCAAAAGCUCAGCCCAACCCCAUGCUGGAAACAUUCUACAGUACGUGCUGCAAGAACCCUGAAGAAGGUGAGCUGAUCAGUUUAGCCAAACAGUGUGACCUGCCGGUGAGGAAGGUGGAGAGGUGGUUCCGGCGCCGGAGGAACACAGACCGACCCAGCCUGUCGAAGAAGUUUUGCGAGGCCUGUUGGAGGUUUACAUUUUACUUCAUUUCUUUCUUCACUGGACUUGCUGUCCUGUACGAUAAGCCUUGGCUUUGGGACCAUAGAGAGUGCUGGACAGGAUAUCCACAACAGCCCCUCCAACCCUCCCUAUUCUGGUACUACCUGCUGGAGCUCUCCUUCUACUGGUCACUGGUCUUCACCCUGCCCUUUGAUGUGAAGAGGAAGGACUUCAAGGAGCAAAUAGUCCAUCAUGCUGCAACCAUCUUCCUGAUCAGUUUUUCAUACUGUGCCAAUUACAUCCGCAUUGGGACACUGGUGAUGAUUAUUCAUGAUGCUUCUGAUUGCUUCCUAGAGCCUACUAAGAUAUUCAAUUACAUGAAGUGGAAAAAAACUUGUGACAGCCUCUUUAUGAUCUUCUCAGCUGUUUUCCUCAUCAGCCGCCUGGUCAUUUUCCCUUACACAGUGCUCUAUAACACCUACUAUUACUCCAUGGAGAUAUUCCAACCCUUCUUUGGAUACUACUUCAUGAAUGCUCUUCUGAUAACUCUGCAGCUGCUCCACGUCUUCUGGUCCUGCCUAAUUAUUCACAUGGUCUACAAGUUCAUCCUCCAGGGCACGAUGGAAAAGGACAUGAGAAGCGACACAGAAGAAAGUGACAAGGAUGAAGAGAGAGAAAAGAUUAGUGAAAAGGAGAAAAAUGGGAUCACAUAUUUCAGCAAUGCCACAAGCAACAACUAUAUCCAGAGGAAUGAGUCUGAGCCACUGAACAACAGAAACCAUCUCACCAAUGGCCAUGUCAAGGAAAGAUAGCAACUGCUCACACGCUUCUGAUCUGGUCUUUAAUGAAUCCAGUGCACUGUCUUUAGAAACACUUUUACUCACUAUGUAGAUAAUAUGGAGUGCAAUUGCAGUAUCGUAGCUGAAUUCCUGCUUUCCGUAAACAGAAGUGUUUAUAGCCAGCAAUAUUUGAAGGAAGUUUUGGGUCGUUCUUCAAUAAAAAUUUACUAUAGGUUGUAGCCUUGAAGCAGAUAGAAAGGGAUCAAAGUGGUUUGCCUUUUAUUAGACUGUACCAUAGCUGUUAAUCUUAAAAAUACUUUAAAAAGAAAAAAGGUGGGUAAACUCUGGCAUUUUCAAGUCUUAACCACCUAAUGUUGUUUAGUAGGAGUCUGUUGAGCUUUGAUCAGCCUCUGGAGGCCCUGGCCCAUUGGCACUAAUGAUUAUGGCUAACAAGUGUAAGUCUCUGAAUCUUAGUACGGGGACACCUCUUUUGAGAAGGCAGGUGCCCCAUACACACUCAGAAAAUUAAAACUGAACAUAAAUUAAAACUCAAUAUAGUGGAAUGAAAGCUCUGGAAAGACAUAAGAAAAAACAUUUUCUUCUCAAAGGAAAUGCUGCUCUGUGCCAUAUGACCAGUUUUGAAAUUGUAUGGAUCUCGGGUCCCUGCUGUUGUCAGCGUUAUUGCCACAAAAGUGGGAACUCCAAAGCCCAGAUUGGAGAAAGUACCCACCCAAAUCAUAGUUGGAAGAGCUGGAAAAUCCAGGCAGCUAUGUCUCAACUGUCAGGUAAUCCUUUAAACUUUGGAAGGAAGGGCAGUCAGAAGAAAGGAGGUGACGAGGAACUUGAUAGUUGAGAAGACAACACUGAUUAAGUGCUCAUGUUUUCACCUGGUGUGAUUUACACAGUAGGAAAUGUUUACAGAGUCAGCUUGUGGCAAGAAGAGAAUACAUUUCCCCUGUCUUCAGAGGAAAAAAAGAUCAGAAAAGAUCUGCUGAACCUUAUGGAAUAAUGCUUUAAUGUGGCCUUCUAACUUUAGGGCCUUUGCCUAGAUGUAUAAAGAACAGCAAAUUUAAAGCUGUAGUCCAUGAAGUCGUGAUGCAGUUCUGAUCCAAUUUGUUUAGAUGUCAAAUAUCUUAUGUACUGUGUAGUCUGAGACUUUGGAUUCUGUAAUUCCUUUUAAGAAUGAUGCGAUCAUUAAUUAGUAUGAUGCAAAUUUCUGCUUUAUAGAACAAUUUACCUGUGAAACAAAAGUAUUAACAGAUUCAUUGUAAUGAGUGCACGGACAUAGACUGCCAAGGCCAUGCAGACACUUCCCUAUAUGUGCCCAGUAAGGGCCAGUGCUAACUAGGGGGGGCAUGGACCAAGGAAAUGCCUGAUUUGAGAAGGUCAUGAACAUGUUUAAAAUUAAAAGGCAAGUGACAGCAUAGAUGGCCACGAGGGUUUUCAGCAAUCCACUCAGUUCAUUUGAGAUGUGACUGAGAGAGCUUUAAACUGAGCUUGUAUGUGCUCAUCUUAGGUUUUGGUCAAAAUCUAUUGGAUAAUUUCAGAUGGGGGGUGGGAAAAUGGUUCCAGCAUGGGUGAUUCCAGGGCAGUAACAUGCUCUGGGAGGAGAGCAUCUGUUUCUGCAUUGUCAUUUGAAUUCAUAUUUGCUGAAAAUAAUUUGUCUCUGAAACCUCCAGCUAAUAUGAGGGUCGAAGAGCAUGUACUGUAAUGCUGUCAUGUUUCGUUAAUUUGAGUCUACAAUCUUUCCACUCCUCUGCAGAUGAUGUGUUCAGGAGAGAUGGUUAUAUAUCAUUUUGUAUUAAGGAAUGUAAACGUUCUUUAUAAAUUACUUUUGAAAGGUU